AUGGCCGUGCGCUUGCCGCUCGCGCUGGCGGCUGUGGCGGCGGCCCUGCUGCUUCUCCUGUGCCGCGGCGGCGGCGGCGGCGCCGAGGCCCGCGUCCUCCUCACGCUCGACGACUUCGGCGCCGUCGGCGACGGCAUUGCCAACGACACCCAGGCUCUCUUGGACGCGUGGACCGCCGCGUGCACCUCCCGCGAGGAGGCCGUCCUCGCCGUGCCGGUCGGCAAGGCCUACCGGAUCUGGCCCGUGCAGCUCUCCGGGCCCUGCAAGAAGAAGCUCAAGCUGCUGAUUUCCGGCGCGAUCGUGGCGCCGUCGAACCCCGACGAGUGGGCCGGGCGGGACCCGAUGAAGUGGCUCUACAUCUACGGCGUCGACGGGCUGUCCGUCAGCGGCGGCGGCACCAUCGACGGCAUGGGGCAGCAGUGGUGGGCCAGCACCUGCAAGCGCAAGAAGACCCAGCCGUGCUACUCGGGGCCUCGUCCAAAGGCGGUGCACUUCGAGGAGUGCCGGGGGGUGAGCGUGCAGGGCGUGACGCUGCAGAACGCGCAGCAGUUUCAGCUGACGUUCACGCGCUGCUCCUGCGUGAAGGCCAGCUUCCUCCGGGUGAUCGCGCCGGCGGACAGCCCCAACACCGACGGCAUCCACCUCAACGACACCUCCCACGUCCGCAUCACGGACAACCUCAUCUCCACAGGGGAUGAUUGCGUCUCAAUGGUCGGCAAUUGCUCUGACAUCCAUGUGAAAGACAUCUCAUGUGGGCCUGGCCAUGGUAUCAGCAUCGGAAGCCUCGGAAAGAACCGGACCACCGACAUGGUGGAGAACGUGAGGGUCGACACCUGCUUGCUCACCAACACGACCAACGGUGUCCGGAUCAAGAGCUGGCAGGGAGGCAUGGGCUUCGCGCGGGAUCUGCGGUUCGAGAACAUCGUGAUGAAGAACGUCUCCAACCCCAUCAUCGUCGACCAGUACUACUGCGACCAGCCCACGCCCUGCGCCAACCAGACGCAGGCGGUGGAGGUGCGCAAGGUGGAGUUCGCGAACAUCCGGGGCACGUCGGCGACGGCGCAGGCGAUCAGCAUCGCGUGCAGCGACACCGUGCCAUGCCGGGAGCUGGAGCUGGAGAACGUCAACCUGACGGUGGAGGGCGGCGGCCAGGCCACCGCGCUCUGCUACCGGGCGUCGGGCAAGAGCGUUGCCACCGUGGUCCCGCCGUCCUGCCUCGCCAAGUCCUGA